AUGACAGUAACGCGUCGCUCCAGGCACGACGAAACGGCUGGUCAGAACGGUUUUGUCGACGCAUCAGAACAAGGUACGCCACCACUUGUUAAGCCAGAGAGCAAUACUUCAUCACUGGUUUGUCCGGAAAGAAGUACGCCUGAACCUGUUCCUGAAAUAUCGGAAUUGUUCAGUUCAUCAGAGGCUGCUCAGUCUGAAGAGCGAACCACUCUUGAAAAUAUUGUGCUUGAUCUUGACUUACCGGCUCCUCCAGAAGAGCUGAAACAAUACGAAUUGACUGAAGUGCCACCCGAAUUACCUGAGAUAUCGACUCACGAAGUGAACUCCCAACCAGACUCUGAAUCAAUUGGAAGUCAAUACUAUUUGUUGCAAUCGGAAUUGUCAACUCAGUUACCAGACACGCAUACUACACCUGAACAGUCAACUGAAAAACAUUCAAAGGAGUCACGAGUUCCCCACAGUGAAUCAGCUGCAGAAGUUCCUUCUUUGGAGACUGAUCCCUUGAGUGAAGGGAGUUUUGUCCCUUUUCGAGUUGUGCCUUCCGAACUCGUUGCCCAGGAAGUUCCGGUAGUUCCAACGCCACAGAAAGAACUGCUUGAGGAUCUAGAGCCGUUAGGUAGCGAUAACGCUGAUCAAACCUUUCAGCAUCCUGUCGGUGAUCAGUUUCACCCUACCACUGAAAUAUUUGAUUUUACUCUAUCAGAGUCGGCUAAUUUAGGUCAUUUUAAACCAGAAGCAGAUCAGAUCAGUGAAACUUUUGUUGCUCACGUGGAUUCUGUCCCGCGUACUGAAGUUCACUCGGCUGAUCAGACAAUCACAUUGUCUGUAGAAUAUCAGCCAACCAGCGAAGAAUCUACACCAACUAUUGACUAUAAAUUUCAGAUUGUUGGUUCUGCAGUAACCCCUAUUUUCAUCCGAGAGGCUGAAUCUUCCGGUCACGUGUCCGGUCCAGUAGCUAACGACACGUCUAUGAGCACCACGGUUGGCGUUUCUGAGAUCAUGGCUGACCCAGCGGUACAAGAAUUCACAGAUUAUCCUGCUUUUGAGACUCUGGAAAAAAUCAAUCAUGAAAGCCCUACUCAUCCGACUGGAUCGAGUACAAAUGGCGUCGAAGCGGACUAUCGAAUCAGUUAUGAUGGCGGAAGUAGCUAUCAUGAUGACGUGCCUCCGGAAGAGGAAGAAGAACAAGAAGAAUUGGUGGCGCAUUUCGUCGAAAAGAAAGAGGAAAUACAUCCUCUGACCGAGUCGAAUAUUGCAAAGGUAGAACAUACCAUACAAACAGAGCAAGACGUCAAGGCGACAACUACUGUGAGUGGGGCUGAAAACGUACUGGUCGAUGAAAGUCCAAGACCAUCAUUUCAUGAAAUUUGCGAGGAACUGGACAAGAAGAAUGUCGUGAGUCACUUGCAACAACGUCAUCCGCUGCCGAUGCAAUCUGGCGCUAAUAGAAAACAAGAUAUUGUUCUACUGAAUCCGCAAACAGGUGAAGUUCUCAAUUCCAGUCCACAUUCGACUCAGGCAAUUCAUUUGACUUCCGGAACCAGUGCACCGGUUCAAUUAUCCAAAGCAGAAGUUCUUAUGACUAGUAACGCUCAAUCAGGGGUAAAUGGUGUGCCAGUCAAUGGACCACCGGAAGAGACCACAUCCGGUGUCGCCGGAUACGCCCAACGAUCUACCCAGAAUGAUGCUGGGGGGCAAGCCCCCAGUCGUGGUGGUGCUGGCAGCGGUGGUGCUACGGGUGGCGGUGCUGGACCCAGCAGUGGAGGUCAACCUGUGGUAUCCAAUUCACUGGAACGAAUUCGCCAAGUAUACAAUAUGGCCGAAUGUCCAAUGGCUCAUCUGACUGUGUUCGUGGAUCGUGCACUUGUAUGCCGUCGUAUUAGACCACGCUUCAACGCAUGUGAGAUUACGGAGGUUUUGUUCGAGCAUUUAUCACCGGCGAUUGACAAGGAUUCAAUACGAGUGGAAAUUCGUGGUGCCGCCACUAUCUUGGAUGUGAGCUUUUUCGCCCGUUCUUUAUCCGAGGGCGAGGACACCUGGUCCCAUACAAUCAAUGAACUUACCACCGAAUUGCGUCAUUGUCAACGGCAAAUGGACUGUCUUUCGGGUCGUAUUGCUCGAACCGGAAAGCAACGACUUGUGUUGGACACAUUCGCAGACAAUCUAAUUCGCCGGGAUGAGGAAGUAACCGGUACGGUUGGACUCGGUGGAAGCGGAUCGAUGGGAACUUUGAUCCCAGGUGUUGCCGCAGGUGUGACAACUGGUGCAGGAGUUACACAAGCACCGGGAUUGUGUCCUAUCUCCUCUGGAGCGCCGUCUCCACAACUGAACAGUGAUCACAAAAGCUCACUGGAGGUUCAAUCACGAAAAUGGGUGAAUUGUUUGGAUCACUGCUGUGGCAACAAAGCCCGAACGCGUAAUCAUCCAUCCACAACUAUCGGCAUUCGAACGAGAUCAUCGGGUCCCGUUGCUUCUAGUAGCAACAGUCGACGAUUGUCCCAUCCUUUAGUCCAUGGAGACCGUGGCUAUGUCGAGGCACGAUCCCAUGUGCUGCCACUCGGUUCGGUGUAUUCCGUGCAGUCGGAUCCUUCCGGAUCGAAGAACACUUUGCAAACAUUAUCCACGAGUGCCGUCUCCCUGACCAGAGGAGUCAAUCCAUACGAUCCGCGCAACAUGGACACGCUCCAUCGAUUUCUAAAUGUGUAUGAAGAACAGGCAGAACGCUUGGACCAAUCGUUGAUGGAUGCGAAUGAAGAACUGGAACAGGUGCAAGCUCGCAUUGAGGCGAUUGAGAAGGAGCUACGCGACAUCGAAUUAAAACAAGAUGAGCGCUUAGCACGCGAACUUAGUGUUCUGGUGGAACCACGAGAGACGGGUCAAGUCGAGAUGUUAGUCUCCUAUGUUGUAGGCAGGUGCGGAUGGAAACCGGCUUACGACAUACGCAUCUUCAACAGUGAUGGAACAAUGAAGAUCGUCUACUAUGGUAUGGUUCAACAAGCUACCGGCGAGGAGUGGGAAACACGUUCAAUGACGUUGUCUACAACCUUGCCGGGCACGGGAGGCAUGGUACCGACACUCGGCUUACAACGUGUUUGCUUCAAAAAAGAUCAUUCCCCAGCUCCAGCUCAGCGGAACACUAUCGGCCCAGGCCAACCCCCACCGGUACCCUAUCCCUCAUCAAAUGGCAUGAGUCGCGGACAGCGGAAUGCGGCCAAAAUAAGUGGAUUCUCUAAAUCGGCUCGACAAACGACCACAAGUUUCCACGAAGCCGAACGUCUGUUAGUGGACAUGGAUCAACGUGAUACUCCCACACCUUGCGCUACUUUGCAAAGAGGCAGCAGUUUUGAGACCGCACAAUCAAGUAACAUUCGCAGCACAAGCGCCGGAGCUCGAGGAGUCACGCGUCGUACUUUAGGUACCAGCAUACUGUUUCAUGGUUCUCCUCCAGCUGCUCAAACCGCUUAUGGUGCGGGGUCGAUUCGAUCACUACCACCGCCCGCCGGUGGAGUAAUUUCGACCACCGGGGCCCAAUCACUACCGACGUCAGUGGUCCCAUCACCAACGCCACAACCACCGCAAUCAAGCAGUAUAGCAGCAGUCAAUCUGGAUGUACCACGUCCACCUAAUCUUAUUCGUUGUGAUCACGAGCCCGUUCGAGUGACUGUGGGAUUAUUGGAUUUACAGCCGCGUUACGAAUACGUGACCGCCCCCAAACGCUCGCUACAUGCAUACCUGAAAGCAACGGCCGUGAAUAGGAGUGAUUUUUACAUUCUGGCCGGCCAAACCAACAUUUAUGCGGAUAACACGUUCAUUGGCAAGUCUGAGUUAGGAGCUGUGGCUCAAGGUGAAGAGUUCAGUUGCAACUUGGGAGCGGAGCACGGGAUCAAGGUCAACUAUCGUCCUUUGUUCAAAUAUCGUGAAAGUUCCGGUUCAGGAAGUAAACAUGCCACAUUGACCUUCAAACAACUGAUUGAAGUAAGGAACACAUUCGAUCGCCCAAUUCGAUUAAUGGUUAUGGAUCAAGUCCCAGUCAGUGGAGAAUGCAAAAUCAAGGUGAAUUUGAUCGAGCCAUCCAUCAAACACCCGGAAAAAUACGAUCGAAAUAAACCCAUUCGCAUGAACAAGUUCAACAAUGUUGAAUGGGAUCUUGAUCUGCAACCAGGUGAAACUCGAGAGUUGACACUGAAAUAUUCGAUCGAGCACCCAGCCAACGAGGAUUUAGAUGUUACUGAAUCAUAA